AGGAUCUUAAUCUUCCUUCCCGCUGGUUCAUUUAAAAAACCAAAUCGCAUUUCAACUUUCAAUGCAUUUCGCGCCGGUACCAAAACGAUGUCCUUUCCCACCGCCGCCUCACCUCCAGCGGCGUCAGAAGCCGGAACCUUACAUCACGACGACGGUGACUCUUACAACGUCAACGACGAUGACGCUUCGUUCGAUGCCAUUCGACUCGACGACGAAGGCUUCCCCUCACAACAACUCCCAAUCGAAUCCCCUUCGCCAAACGGGUCGGAGAAAAGCAGUUUCGCCGCCGAUUUCUACCGCUGCGGAUCCGAUUGUUCCUCUCUGUUGACGCCAGAACGAGAUUCGUUAUCUUCGGGGAAGAAACUGAAGCAGGCGAAUUUGUUUCAGAUUUGGGGAUUCAAAAGAAAUGUUGAAUUUGAAUCCCCAAAUCAAGGUGGUUAUUGUGAUGUUGUUGGUGAAGGAAGUGUUUCUUCUGAGAAGAAGAGUGUGAAACGUGGAAAUUGGGGUUCAAUUUUGCGUGAUACAGGGAAAGUUGUUGAGAAUUCAAAAUCUACUGGGAAGAGAAAGAGUUUUCAUGGAGAGAAGAGGGUUACUCGUUCUUGUCCCUUUUAUAAGAAAAUGCCAGGGACAAACUUCACAGUUGAUGCUUUUCGUUAUGGAUGUGUUGAGGAGUGUUCAGCGUACUUUCUUAGUCAUUUCCAUGCUGAUCACUAUGGUGGUCUUAGCAAGAAAUGGUCACAUGGGCCUAUUUAUUGCUCUCCUCUUACGGGACGGCUAGUUCAAAUGUGUCUCUAUGUAAACCCUUCGUACAUCUGCCCUUUGGAAUUUGACACUGAAUAUGUGAUUGAUGGUAUCAAAGUGACUUUGAUAGAUGCUAAUCAUUGCCCUGGUGCAGCUUUGAUUCACUUUGAGCUCCCAAAUGGACAAUGUUAUUUGCACACUGGGGACUUUAGAGCUUGUAAACUAAUGCAAGACUAUCAUCUUUUUGUAAAUAAACGUGUGAAUGUACUUUAUUUGGAUACUACAUAUUGCAACCCAAAGUACAAGUUUCCUUCUAAGGAUGAUGUACUCAACUAUGUUGUCAAAAUUACAAAUAAUCACCUCAAAAAGUAUCCCAGAACUUUAGUGGUUGUUGGAGCAUACAGUAUUGGUAAAGAAUGUGUAUAUCUUGCAAUUUCUAAGGCACUUGGGGUAAAAAUCCAUGUGAAUGCUUCAAGAAGAAGGAUACUGCUAGCUUAUGAUUGCCCUGAUUAUUCAGAUAGACUCUGUACAAAUGGAAAUAACACACUUCUCCAUGUUCUGCCCAUGUCAUCUCUGAGAAUUGAGACUUUGAAGGAAUACUUGAAGACCUACAAGGAACAAUUCACAUCAGUAUUAGCAUUUCGUCCAACAGGUUGGACUUUCAGUGAGAAGAUAGGCAAUGAUCUGGCACUAAUUAAACCUGUUUCCAAUGGAAAUAUCACAACAUAUGGGGUUCCCUACAGUGAGCACUCCAGCUUUACAGAACUGCGAGAUUUUGUUCAGUUUUUGAGGCCUGACAAGAUAAUUCCUACUGUGAAUGUUGGAAAUGCUGCUAAUCGAGAAAAGAUGCAAUCUUACUUUCGAGACUGGUUGAAGGGCUGAAGUCCUCAACUGUUCUUUAAAAAGAUCCAGUUUGUAAUAUGAGCUUUUCAUUGUAAAACCAAUCUGUGGGGACUUCAAGUUUAGUGCGCUUGAAGGUUGUAAUAUGAGCUUUAACAAGAAAUCCUCUUCCCGUACUUCAUCAAAUGACUGCUGUUUCCUAAACUUUUCUGGUUGAACUUCUGUAUUCUCCCCAAUUGUUCUCUCCGCUAAAAAAAUUCUUGGAAGAUCCUACUCUACAAGAUAUGCAUCAAUUUUUUGUCCACCAAAAUAGGAAAAUAUAAAAUGAAAUGCUGUUCUUAGGCAGUUAGACAACUUUCCGGUUAUGAACAAAUAUCUUCUUUUCACCAUUUUAUAUCAAAGAAACGACAGCGUGGUGAAAAAGCUUGGGUAGUAUUUAUUGGAGUUACAACACGAUUCCAAUUAUUUAAUCCCAAAUGAAGCUCAAGUAGUAAAUGUAGGAGUUGUAUUAUGUAGAACUUUAUUUAUGUAUCCCGCGGACCGUGGGAGCCUUUGCUAAAGUUAUUGGUAUUGUAAUAGAAUUUUGAGAAAUACAUACGCCAUUGUACUUGUAUGAUUUAUGGUAUUGGAUAUGAUGAUGAUUCACUUUUUUUUUU